CCUGCUCUCCCAUCAUCCGCAGAAGCCCACCCAAGUCCUCGCUCGCUCGCCGAGAUCCAUGGCGGCCGCGGUGGCUGGGAGAGGAUGCGCACGGGAGGAGGAGUUCAGCGAGCUGUUGUGGACCUGCUAUCCAUCGUGCGGGCCAGCAACCGCUGCCGCUGCCAGCAGCAGGAGGCGCGGGCGGAGAUCCCCUUGUGGGACCGGCGCCGGCCGAGGAAGGCCCCGGCGGCGCCACCGAACGAGAAGCCCGCGGCCGAUGACGAUAGUAGCGAGGGCAUCGCCAGCCCGGACACCACGCUUGCCUUCCCCGAGGACGACGAGGCGGCGGCGACGGACGACGAGGCCAAGGCCAGCGCACAAGACAAGUGGCCGAGGUGGAGCUAUACGCCACCGAGGUUGCCUAUGUCGUGGGUGAGGAGGAGGAUGGCGAAUGGGAAGCACCGAAGAUUGACAACCCCAACUCCCCAAGUGUGAAGAGGCACCUGGUUGUGGUGAAUGGAAGAGGCGGAUGAAGCAGAAUCCUUCCUACAAAGGCAAGUGGCAUGCACCCCUGAUUGACAACCCCAGCUACAAGGGAAUCUGGAAGCCCCAAGAUAUCCCCAACCCUGAGUACUUUGAGCUUGACAAGCCUGACUUUGAUCCAAUUGCUGCUAUUGGAAUUGAGAUUUGGACAAUGCAUGAUGGCAUCGUUUAUGGCAAUAUUCUUUUUGCCGAUGAUUAGAAGGUAGCCACCUCUAUCCUGGAGAAGACAUGGAAGCCCAAGUUUGAUGUUGAGAAGGAAAAAAGUAGAUGGCUUAGUGGAUCAUCUAGCCUCCCACUUGGCAAGGUGCAGCGACCCUCUUCUUGUUUUCUCUUUCCCAAGAGCACAUCAUGGAUUAUCAGCAGGAUUGAGCCGAUGAUCUAGAUCGAGCAGGUCAAAGGAACUUGCCAGCAACACUCCUCUUUGAUCUGGUAUGUCGUUCAUCUCGGGUGAUUUCUACCCUGGAAAAUAACAUGGAACAUCAAAAACUGCAUUUUGAAAAGGUUACUGCAAACUUGAUUUUAUUUAUCUUGCAUUUAUGAAAAUUUAUGAAUAGGACAAUCGUUCGUGUUUUCU